AUGCCGUACCGCGCCAGCGAGCUCGCGUCCGAGGUCGCGCAGGCGUUCCUCACCGCCCUGGACACGUCGCUGUCGCGCACGUACCGCGAAGAAGAGCGCUCGUGGCGAGGCGAGGACCGGGAAUGGCGCGCGCAGGACAUGGACUUCCGCGUCGAAGAGCGCGACUGGUGGCACCUCGAGCACCUCUGGAGGCAAGAGAACCGAAAGUGGAGGCUCGAGGACAUCGAGCAGCGCGUCCUGGAGAACGCGCGAUGGGUGUGGCUGCGAUACGCGGAGAAGAACCGCCGCGACGUCGAAGAGAAGAGCGAGCAGCUGAAGAGCAUAUCCAACCUCAGCGCGCUCAUCGGCGGCUUCGCCGUCGUCGCCUUCGUCGAGCUCCAAUUCCACGACCCGGAGACGCGCCCGUCGCAGAGCGAGGCGCUCAUCACCGCGUACGCGGCGACGACCGCGCUGACGGUCGGGCUGAUGCUCAACUCCAUGGUGCUGUGCUCGUUCAUGCUGUGCUCGAUCCUGCGGAACGGGAAGACGUACGUCAGCGAGGACGAAGAGGCGGAGUACCUGUAUCGAUGCCGGCGGUUCGCGUUGGAGUUUACCUCCGGGGAUAAGCCGCCGCUGCCAAAGCGUUCGUUCGAACGGCACUGGGAGACGCGGUGCGAGGACGACUGGCGGCACGCGUUUCGAAUGUUCACGUGCGGCGUCCCGGUGUUUAUGGUCAACAUCGCGUGCAUGGCGUGGCUGAAAUUUAACUACAGCUACGCCGCCGCGGGGACGGCGACGGCGGUGGCGGUGUGCGCGACGGCGGGGUGGGCACGCACGCAGAUGAACUGGGGCUGGCACAUCUCGCGUCGAUACCACGGGCGGGGGAACCACCCGGGCGUGCGCGGCGGCGGCGGCGGGAGGGACGGCGGGUGCGGGCUGCCGUUCGAUUGGCACGCGCGGCCGGACGCGGUGGUGAAGCAGCCGAGCGGCGCGGGGGGGGCGGCGGCGGCGGCGGGGGCGCCGCCGACGCCGCCGUCGAACGCGAACGCGCACGGCGGACUGAACAACCCGUUCGACGACGACGCGCGGCGCGGUCCCGGUCUCGACGCCGAAGACGACGCCGACGACGACGAUGACGUCGCGUCCCCGGAGGAGGUCGAGCUCGAGCGGUCGUUGGGGCUCGAUGAUCUCACCGCGCGGCGAAUCGCGAGCGCGACGGAUCGAGCCGCGUCGACGACGUCGCCGGCGGCCGGCGUCGGCGCCGGCGCUGGCCUGCCCCCGCCGGUUCGCCCUCGCGCGGAGUGGGGCGACGCGCGCGAGAGCUUGGACCGCGCGUCGAGGACGAGCGAGGAGGUGAAGUUCGUGGAGCGGACGUCGCCGACGGCGCGCGACGUCGCCGCAAGGCGCGAGCGCCGGGCGAGCGAGGAAAAAACGGACGCUUGCGGCGGCGGCGCCGGCGGCGAUCCGUUCGAGGCCGCCGCCGCGGCGCUGAGCGAGAGCGCGAGGAGAGAGGAGGCGGAGGAGAGCGCGCGCGCGUCAUUGGGGGUCGCGCAGGGGGAGUCGUGGAACACGUUCGGAGGCGGCGGCGGCGGCGUCGGCGGCGCGAAGUGA